AUGUCAUUGUUGCCAAGAAGAGCAAAAAUACAGGUCCAGACUGCAGUAUCCAAAGAUGAAUUUGCUUGCUUCUCGGAGUUAUCAUCUGCCUCUGAAGAAGAUGACAAGGAAGAUAAUGCCUGGGAGCCCCAAAAGAAAGUCUCCAGAAGCCGUAAGCGGCCAGCUCCCAAGGAAUCCAAACCAAAAAGGGUACCUCGAGUGAAGAAGAACACUCCACUGAUCAGUGAUGGCUCAGGGGUUGUGGAUGUUAAAGAGGAGCUGAAUAGCUCUGUGGCAAUUGCUGAUGUUGAUUUGGAAAAGGAAAAAAACAAAUUGGACACUGUACAGACUCUGAAAACAGCGAAGACAAAAAGGAAAAAUUCAGCUCAAAGGACCAAAAAACUGAAAAUUGAAGAAGAAAUGAGCAAAGCCAGCAAUUUAGAGGGUGGGACUAAUAGUACAGAAAUACCAUCAACAAGCACCAUGUGGGAAGGUGCAUGCAAGAAGGAAGAGAGUGAAGAUGACUUUACAUUUGGUCAGUCUCCUUUAAAGAAAAUCAAGACUGAAAUGUGCCCUCAGGGGCAGCCUGUCAAGUUUCCAGCAAGUGCCAACAAUAUUAACGAGGAAGUAGAUAUGAACUGGGACAUAGUUCAGGUUUUAUCUGAGAGAACCAACAUUGAACUUUGGGUUUGUGCCAACAUCAUUCGUCUCUUUAAUGAWGAUAACACAAUUCCCUUCAUUAUACGUUAUCGAAAAGAACUCAUUAAUAACCUUGAUGCUGAUUCCUUGAGAGAAGUUCGACAAACCCUAGAGGAGUUACGGGCUGUUGCAAAGAAGGUUCAUAGUACAAUCCAGAAAAUUAAGAAGGAAGGGAAGAUGUCUGAAUGCUUACUAAAAGCCUUGCUGAACUGUAAAACUUUGGAAGAACUAGAACACGUGUCUGCUCCCUAUAAAACUGGGAGCAAAGGCACCAAAGCCCAAAGAGCAAAGCAGCUGGGAUUAGAAAGAGCAGCCUGGACCYUGCUGGAGAAGCCAGGGGAGCUUAAUCUGCUGUCUUACAUUAGACCUGAUGUUAAAGGGCUGUCAGCACUCCAGGAUAUUGAAACAGGAGUGCAGCAUAUUUUGGCAGACAUGAUUGCUAAAGACAAAGACACGCUUGAUUUCAUUCGGAAAUUGUGCCAAAAUAGAUACAUUUGUAUCCAGUCAUCUCUGGCAAAAGUGUCCUCAAAAAAGGUAAAUGAGAAAGACGUUGAUAAGUUUCAGCUCUACCAGAACUUUUCAUGUAACAUAAGAAACAUCCAGCAUCAUCAGAUUUUGGCAAUUAAUCGUGGAGAGAAUUUGAAGAUAUUGACAGUCAAGGUCAACAUUUCCGAUGGAGUGAAGAAUGAAUUCUGUAGGUGGUGCAUCCAAAACAGGUGGAGACCACGUGGCUUUGCAAGGCCAGAAUUAAUGAAGAUUUUACAUAAUUCACUGGAUGAUUCCUUUAAACGCCUUAUUUAUCCUCUUCUCUGUAGAGAGUUCAGAGCCAAACUGACAUCAGAUGCAGAGAAGGAAUCAGUAAUGAUGUUUGGACGGAAUCUUCGUCAGCUUCUUUUAACAAGCCCUGUUCCAGGCCGCACCUUGAUGGGAGUGGAUCCUGGUUACAAACAUGGUUGCAAAUUAGCUAUAAUUUCUCCUACCAGUCAGAUACUUCAUACUGAUGUGGUUUACUUGCAUUGUGGACAAGGCUUCAGAGAGGCUGAGAAAAUAAAGAGGCUUUUGCUGAAUUUCAACUGCAGCACAGUGGUGAUUGGAAAUGGAACCGCCUGCCGGGAAACCGAAGCUUACUUUGCUGACCUGAUAAUGAAAAAUUACUUUGCACCACUGGAUGUUGUUUACUGUAUUACCAGUGAAGCAGGAGCAUCAAUCUACAGUGUUAGUCCUGAAGCUAACAAAGAGAUGCCAGGGCUAGAUCCUAAUUUAAGAAGUGCAGUUUCCAUAGCAAGGCGUGUACAAGAUCCAUUAGCUGAGCUAGUGAAAAUUGAGCCGAAGCACAUUGGAGUUGGAAUGUAUCAGCAUGAUGUAUCUCAGACAUUACUCAAGGCCACACUGGACAGUGUUGUAGAAGAAUGUGUCAGCUUUGUGGGAGUGGAUAUUAACAUCUGUUCAGAAGUUUUGCUAAGGCACAUUGCCGGACUCAAUGCCAACAGAGCCAAAAAUAUUAUUGAAUGUCGAGAGAAAAAUGGACCCUUUAUCAACMGAGAACAGCUGAAGAAAGUGAAAGGGCUGGGUCCAAAAUCCUUCCAACAGUGUGCUGGUUUCAUCAGAAUUAACCAGGAUUAUAUUCGAACAUUUUGCAGUCAGCAAACUGAAUCUUCAAGCCAAAUUCAAGGGGUUGCUGUAAAAUCUUCAGCAGGAGAGGUCACAAGUGAGAAGCAAGGUAAAAAGAAGAGCAAAACUACAGUGGAUAUUGUACUGAAGCCAAAUCCUCUGGAUCAGACUUGUAUUCAUCCAGAAUCAUAUGAUAUAGCAAUGAGGUUUUUAUCAUUCAUUGGAGGGACACUGUGUGAAAUUGGAAAGCCUGAAAUGCAACAAAAAAUAAAUUCAUCCCUUGAAAAGGAAGGAAUAGAGAAAACUGCUGAAAGAUUGCAGACAACAGCACACACUUUACAGGUCAUCAUAGAUGGUCUCAGCCAGCCUGAAAGCUUUGACUUUCGAACAGAGUUUGAUAAACCUGAUUUCAAGAGAAGUAUAGUGUGCUUGGAAGAUCUGCAGGUUGGAACAGUUCUUACAGGCAAAGUUGAGAAUGCCACUCUGUUUGGGAUUUUUGUGGAUAUAGGAGUGGGAAAAUCAGGGUUGAUCCCCAUACGAAAUGUAACAGAAGCAAAACUUUCUAAAACUAAAAAGAGAAGGAGUCUUGGACUGGGCCCUGGAGAAAGAGUGGAAGUCCGAGUACUGAACAUUGACAUCCCCCGAUCUAGGAUUACUCUGGAUCUCAUUCRGGUGUUGUGAGUGUCCCACUGAAAGCCAGACACUGAUUUUUAUUUCCUCAUUUCUAAGGAUAGAUCACGUGUUAGUGAGUUCUAAAUAGCAGAGAAGAAAGAAUCCACAGAGUAUUUUCCACUUUCYUUAUGAAUAAAUAGAAAACUAUCAACUAGUUAAAGAAAGCGGCUAGUAGAUAUCCUUACAUGGUAUUAUGUAGUCACAGUUUUCUGACCAAAAUUUUAUUUUUUAUUUUUUGUAUUUCAUUUUUUUGACUCAACAUUUUUUAUAAUAGAUUGUUCACUCCCAGUUGCCAGCAUCCUCCUCAUUGGACUUAUAUGGGAUCAUCAUUUUUAUUUGAAUUGUACAAUGCUUUUUGACACAGGAGAGCUGGCAGUAUGUAAUUCUUCCAUUUUAUAGAUUUUUUUUUUUAAUCAGGCCUUUUGGACAUGAUUCAUGAUUUUGCAAUAAUCUUUAUUUUCUCUUGCCACGCAAACUAAAACCAGAUUCUGAUGUGAACAUCAAUUGAAUGGCUCAAAAUAUUUCUUGGAGGAUAUAUGUAUUGAUCCCUACAAUAAAGUUUUGUGGCUAGUG